AGCUUCAGCAUUUAGCACAAUCGUUGUCUUCUACAGCUUGACAUUCCGUUUGGUAUUUUUAUAUAUACACAUAUUUUACAAGAAACUAAGCCUUUGGACUAUUUCGUUUUGGGGUUUUCUUUCACGUGAGGGCACCAUACUGUCCUGUUUAGUCGGGUUUUUAGCCGAACAAAGGCGGAGUCGCUUGCUAAAAUCUGCUGGCUAACGUGCUAGCCGAUGGCUACUGUUGUUUUGAUUAUUGAUGCGAACAUUACGAUUACAUGAGAUUCCCCUCGGGAUUCUGUUGUUCUCUCUGGUGGGUUGACGCUCAGUCGUGCGAUAUUUAACUGCGGUAUUUGCGGGGACACGGUGUUAGUGUAAAGGUUGUGCUGCGCCUGUGCUAAGCCUUGGAGUUAACGCUGCCGACUGGAUCUCAAUCAAGUGGAUCGUCUAUUGGCCGAACCGGUCCAUUCCUGAGCUUCUCAAGCUCUCCGAACCGGAUCCGAUGCGUGGAAUGAUGGGUGCUCAGAGUAGUCCCGUCAAGAGUUACGACUACCUUUUGAAAUUUCUUCUGGUUGGAGACAGUGAUGUUGGGAAGGGUGAGAUACUGGAGAGCCUGCAGGAUGGCUCAGUGGAGUCUCCUUACGCCUACAGCAGUGGAAUCGAUUAUAAGACCACAACGAUAUUGCUGGAUGGAAGAAGAGUGAAAUUGGAGUUGUGGGACACUUCAGGCCAGGGGCGCUUCUGCACCAUUUUCAGGUCAUAUUCACGAGGAGCACAGGGUAUUCUGCUUGUGUAUGACAUCACCAAUGGCUGGUCCUUUGAUGGCAUUGAUCGCUGGAUCAGAGAAAUUGAUGAGCAUGCCCCGGGUGUUCCCAGGAUCCUGGUGGGGAACCGCCUUCACCUGGCGUUCAAGCGGCAGGUUCCCACAGAGCAGGCCAGAGCGUACGCGGAGAAGAACUCCAUGACUUUCUUCGAGGUCAGCCCGCUCUGCAACUUCAACGUGAUCGAAUCCUUCACCGAGCUGUCGCGGAUCGUGCUGAUGCGGCACGGGAUGGAGAAGUUCUGGAGGCCCAACAGAGUCUUCAGCCUCCAGGAUCUGUGCUGCCGCUCCAUCGUCUCCUGCACCCCGGUCCAUCUCAUCGACAAACUGCCCCUCCCCGUGGCCAUCAAAUCCCACCUCAAGUCCUUCUCCAUGGCCAAUGGCAUGAACGCAGUCAUGAUGCACGGACGCUCCUACUCUGUAGCCAACAGCGCGGCAGGAAGCAGCAGUGGCAGCGGGAGCAAAGCCAACAGUCUCAAGCGGUCCAAGUCCUUCAGGCCUCCACAGAGUCCUCCCAAAAACUCCUCGUCCUCUUCCUCCAAGGGGAACUGCAAGAUCUCGUAGUGACGUCUGGGAUUGCGGCGAGUCGACCGCAUUGUUGCACCGCAAGUCACAUCAUAUGGCGUGAAACCGCCUGCCACCUUUUUUUUUUUUUUUUUUUUUUUACCCAAUUGAUAGUGACACCGCUCGCUGGCGCCACCUUGUGGACCUUAACAGACUCACUGUGAUCGGGUGGGAUUUCGCUGGCGCAGAACCACAGAAUCCAGCACCACUUUUGCCUGCUAACACUACAAAUAUGUGGACUGAUCUUAGGAAUUUGGUAAAUGAAUGUUUAUAUUGAUAUUUAACUUGUAAAUAGUCUGUGCUUAUUUUCUUGUUUCGGGGAGGAACCUCCUUCUGCUCCGACUGCUUGCUUUCUCCCCGUGGUUGUGGAUGACUCACCUCAUUUAUGACAUUCCUUCUUUGCUACCUUCACUUGCACAAUCCGUUAAGCAUUCAAACACAAUUACCUACAAAUGUGGAGCGACUUUCUCACAAGGACUUCCCGACGCUCUUUCCCCAUUUGCUUUGGAUUCACGGACAUGUCGCAUCGUUUGUUCCUCCACCUGCUGCUGCAUUGGAUGAUCUCUGAGCAUGUGUUUAGUUUCAUGAAGACACUCCAUUUAUCAUGUAGUUGUGUGCUGAACGGAGGAGUCGGUGCUCACGUGUACAGAAUGUUCACUCAGUUGUGAAAAAAGUUGUGCAAUCUCAAUUCUCUUCGUGAAUUGAUGAGAUUAAUAUUUUAAUAUUGUCUUUUUUGAACCUUUUCGAUCUCUGCUAUGUAUUUAUGAAUGUAAAACAAUAUUCUGUUCCUUCACCGUGGCCAUUUACAGUUGGAGGUGGACUCUUUACCUCUGCCUGCGUGUGUGUGUGUGUGCGUGUGUGCGUGCGUGUCAGUGUGUCUGUACCUCGGCGGUUUUGAAACCUCGUCAUUGUCCAACUUUUAUUCUCACUGUCGAUGUAAUCACUAAGGUCACGUUGCCAUGGAAACUAAGCUACAAUUUUGUUUUUCGGAAGCAUUUCUCUCUGGUGGAAAAAAUGUAAAGGGCACAAAUUUAAUAAUAAAAACAGUAAAUAUUUUGUAAUAUUUGAAUACUGGUGAAACUUAAUAUGCCAUUUUUACUUCACUAUUCCUGCUCUGACAAGUUUGUGGAGAAACAAUGAGGGGAAUAAAAAC